AUGGAGGAAAUCAAGGAUGAUCAGUUCCUAUAAAUUAAGCAAGAAAUGCAGGAUAUUUCAAAGCAAGUAUUUUAGUAAAUGAUUGGGGGCUAUUAAAGAAUACCAUCUAAAAUAGAUAUUUAAGAAUUUGGCAUUACUUAAUAAUUUACUUGUGCAUUAACAUUUUAAACUAUGAAGUAACCUGCUAAGACAAAAAACUGUUAGCACUUCUGGGGUAUUGAGCUUGAAUAUUUGAAGGUACUAAAGCAAUGCCCGUGCAAACAACCUAUAACAGAGGAUAACAUAAUUAUUGAUGAACUGCUGAACAGACUUAUUAAAAUUACAAAUUAACUAAAUGAUAUUUAUUUUUCUUAAGAUGAAAGAUUUAGAUUCUAAAAUGAAGUUUUUUUAUUUUAAAAAAGUUUGAUAUUUUUCCCAUGCUACGAAUAAUAAGCGUUUCCUAAGCCUCUGAUUUUUCUUUAAGAGCAUAUAAAAUCGGCUUAAGGAUUGUGUUUAAAUUAUAAUUUUAGUUUUAAGAAAAAAGAUUUAACUCAAGUUAAAUACAAAACAAUAGCUAGAGUUUGUUAACAACUUUGUUUAUAUGACUUUGAAAACUUAAAUUUUAACUCACAAAUAGAAUAUUGCUAAUUCUGCGGGAAAUCUAUUGAUGUUUUUAAUUUUUAAAUAGAUGAUUAUUUGAUGAAAGUUAGGAGUCUCCUGUAAUAUCUUGAAUUAAAAGGAAUAGACAGCUCUCAAGAAUCUGUAAAUAUGAUGCAUGGCAAAUUUAAAAUUCAAAAAUAGCUCUACACUAUGGAAAAUAUAAGCAGCAAGUUAUCUCAAAUAUAAUAAACAAGCCAAUGA